GCUUAUAAUUUGUGUCCCUUGAGGCAUGAUCUUGGCAUUGACACAUCUCUUUCACAGGGCUCCCUUCUUUUAAAAUGCUUCAAUCUCUCUAUAAAUGUCAAAGAAACUUGUGUACAAAGAUCAGGACAACCAGCCUUUUCGUGCAGUUUGUGUCAACUAGCUGUGGCAGCAACAUCCCAACUGAUGAGAGCACACUCAUUAAUUUGUAUCACAGAAAGUCUCAUGGUUUAUCAAAAGAAAACAUCAUUAGUGAAGCAGAACCACUCCAAUUAGAUACUGCUCAAUGUUCAAAAGUUUCAGCUUUUAUUGAGUUCUUCCAAAACCAUGGGUUUUCUGCAACCCAAACGAAGAAACUAAUUAGACUACGCCCUAAAUUACUAGUAUCGAAGGUGGACAAAACCCUAAAGCCCAAGUUCAAGUUUUUGCAAUCAAUUGGCUUUACUGAAGAUGAACGCAAUAAGAUUAUCUGUGGUAACCCCAACAUACUCAUGAGUAGCAUAGAGAAACAACUGACUCCAUGCUUUGAUUCCCUAAAGAUGUUCAUGGGUAGUGAAAUGCAAGCAAUGGCUGCCAUCAAACGAAGUCCACAGAUCUUUAAUUAUAAGAUCUCUAGUGGUUUGAAGCAGACUCUACAGGUAUUGCACCAACUUGGUAUUCCUGAUUCUCAAGUUCCAGAGUUUAUUUCAAAAGGUCCCAUUAUCUUGACUAUAAAUCCCAAAAAGAUGAAUAAGGUUGGCUUGAGACUUAAGGAAUUGGGGUUUGAUGUUACAUCUCCAGCAUUUAGGGCAGCUUUUACUGCAAUGUCUGUACUUAAUGAUUCCAAAAUGGAAAGGAAACUGGAAAACUACCGAAGUAUGGGCUUUUCAGAUGGCGAGAUCCUUAAUAUUUUCAGAUUGCAGCCAACUUGCAUGUUUUAUUCUGAGGAUAAUAUCAGGGCAAUUGUGGCAUUCUAUGUUAAUAAACUCCAUUUGAGCCUAUCACACUUGUCACAAAGACCAUCCUUUCUAUUGCGUAGCCUGAAGAAGAGGGUUAUUCCUAGGUGUUCUGUCAUGCAAGUUUUGUGGUCAAGAGGCGUUAUUUCAAAAGUUGGCAAACUAUCCUCAAUUCUAAUGAUCAGUGAAAAGGACUUCUUACGGAAGUGUGUUACUAAAUAUGAAGCACAAGUUCCUGAACUGCUAGCUGCCUACCGUGGUGAACUUGUGUUCAACGACUACACUUUUCAUUUGAGUGAAAUUCAUCAGAUUUCAAUGUCAAAGGGAUCAUCUUCUGAAGCUAGGUAGCUUAGUAGUUGCACC